AUGAAGAUAUAUAUUAAGGGUAUAACUGAACGUACAGAUAAAAGAGAUAUUGAAGACUUUUUUGGAAAGUGGGGACCAGUGUUUGAUAUUAUUAGACCUGGAUAUGGUGACUUUGCAUUCAUCGAGAUGAAGUAUGAGAGAGACGCUGUAGAGGUACUUAGACAGCGUGAUGGAUUCAUCGGAGGAGCACGUGUCAUUAUUGAGCGUGCAAAGGAUGAUCGCUACCCACGUGGCGGCGCUGGUGGCGCCGGUGGAUUCGACCGCUCCAGAAGAUCACCACCCAGAGACUCAAUGUGCUACAACUGUCAACGUGUUGGUCACUUUGCUCGUGACUGUCCAGAGCGUCCAAGGAACCCAGCCUACGCAGACACUCGUGGUACUCGUGUUGGUGGUGAUAAGGAAAGAUAUCAUCCAUAUGGUGGUGAUUCAGAUCGUUACAGAGGAGAUGAAAGAAGAGAGGAAAGAGAGAGAAGAGAUGAUAGAAGGGAUGAUCGCGAUAGGUUUGACACUCGUGAUAGACGCGACGACAGGAGACCUGACGACAGAUACGUUUCGGAUCAGAGACGUGACGAGAGGAGACCAGAGGACAGGUUCGACGACACUCGUGAUAGACGUGACGACAGGAGACCAGCAGACGACAGGAGACCAGAGGACAGGUUCGAGGAGCGUCCACGUGGCUUUGAGUCUGGCGGCGCAGACAGACGUUACGACGAUGGUGGUUUGGCUGAUAAGCGCGAUGAUCGCGAUCGUGGAGAGGACCGCUACCGUGACGAGCCUCGCAGAGACAACUUUGACGACAGACGCAAUGGAUCUGGUGCCAACAAUGGAACCGCUGGUCGUUCCCCAAUCAGAGACGACGCUCGUAGCCCGGAGCGUGCUCCAAGGAAUGAUUCACCAAAGGACCGUUCUCCAUAA